AUUUUUAACCAGAAGUUGUGAUUGGCGAAAUCUGGCUUUUCUUUCAAAGUCAUCUGGACACAAACAGAAGCGAUGGGAGAACAAGUGUAUCUCAUGACUGCGUCGUACGUGGAAUCCUCAACCGUGCACUUCUCGAAGGAUUAGUGUACUAUGAACACCCUCCUUUUGGCUCAACAUAACAGAUUCUUGGUUGUCACAAGGAAUAAAAGAGUCAGAUAGAAUAUUAUAGGCAAAGGGACCGGAGUACUGUGCAUACACUGUAAGUGAAACGUGAGACGAAAUCUAUCGUCAAUAAUGGGAAUCGACGGUUUCCGUUUGGUUGCAGUUGAACGCAAGUCGUCUCUCAGCUCUUGCACAGGGAGUUGUUCCAGUGAAAGAGGAAUAGAGUGAAGCAGGGCAGGUGGAAGUGGUGAUUUGUGAGAGGCAUCUUGUUCAGGCAGUAAGUAAUUUGUAUCUCUGGAGGUGGCCUGUCAUGAUGACUGAUCGGGAAGAACUCAGACGUUCGGAAGUUUGGCUGUGCCAACCUGUCUAUGGAUGCGGAGGGGAUUGUGAGAUGUUUCGCCGGCAUGGGUACCCUCGCCCAGAAGAUGAGAUUCGUGAGAGCUAUGGUUCCUGAUGUUCAUAGAAGAUCGAAUGCAGUUUCACACUCCAUAAUCUAGGUAGGAUGGCCAUACAUUGCUGGUUGAUCUACUGCAGUGAACGACAAAUGAUUGUUUUUUGCACAUUAAUUUGGAAGUUACUGGGACGUAUACAUAGCUGACUAUCUUAUGAGUGUUGCAGCAGGACAAAUAUUGGAGAUGAAGCCUGGUGAAAACGUGUGGGAUGCUAUUGCAGCAGAUCUAGCUGCCGUUACAGCUGCCACUAAUGGCUCUGACGAGAUAGCAGACGAAGAUAUUAGAGUGGAAGUACAGAAAGUGAAAAUCGCUGAACUUUCCCAUACAUCCGAUUCUCUUGAAUUAGAAUCUGGUGUAAACAAGAGCCAUGAUUGUACUGGCAAAAUAGAAACCAAUGAUUUGCAUGCUGAUGGUAUAUCUGACUCUGGAUUAGAUUGUUCAUCCAAGCCUUUGCUUGAAGGGGCACACAGUGGGGUAAAGGUGGGAGAUGAGUUGAAUGUGGACUCUCUACUUUGCCAAGAAGAGGCAUCUGAGGCGAAAGACGAUUAUGCCCAAAACGUUGUAGAGACUCUUACAUGUUCAACAGAAGAGGAUGCAAACAACCAUAGUCGUCAUGUAGCUGAUGAAGAGAAAAAGGGAAAGGAGGACAAGGGUGGAAAUAUCCUUGGAAAAAGGAAUCGUAAAUUAAACCACAGAGCUACCAGAAGUUCUGGAAAGAAACUGAAAUUACAGGCGCCAGUGAAUAGUGAUGCAGGGGAUAUCUCUCAUAGAGAUAAGCAGGAUGUCACUAUAUCAUCUGAAGGAUCCUUGUCGAAAGCUCAAAACUUACAGAAGAAGCCUGAGUGGAAUGAAGCUGACGGCGCCAACAUCCAUUCCCUGCCUGAAUUAGAAAAGCUUCAACGUGUAUUUACAUCUCUCAACACUGCUUGCGGAUACCUGUUAAAGCAGCAGAAAAUUGCAUCUUGGGAAAACGUGAAGCAAGCAAUGAAGCAGUUAUCUGGGGCAGACAGUGAAACGAUUAGUGUUGAUGACGUUCGGCGCUUGUCACAACUGUGUCCUCAGAUUGUCGUGCUAAGUCAAUUUAGCGGUGAAGGAGAGGACAUUAGUUUUCAGAUAGAGCUUUUCGAUCCUGCAGAUGGUGUGAAAUUGAAUCCACCCAACAGCUCAAAUGGAAGUACAGCUGUUGAUGCUCAUGACGGUGGCACCUCCAAGAGCAUAUCAGCCGGGAAGAAGAUCGGUGAUUCUGAAGCUAGAGUUAUAGUAGAAAGCCGUCAGAAAGCAUUCCAAAUGUCACUUGCGCAAGUGGCUCACCAAUUUCAGGCUCCCCAGAGUACUUCUGUUUCUGUAGGUGGUGAUGAGCAUCUAAAACACCCUAAACUUCCACACCCUGCAAUGCUACGGCAUCCAACCCAUGAGGGACGUCACUCAAUGGUCCCUGCUCUUAUCGGGCCGCCUGCACAACAACUAGUUCUCCCACGCCCUCCUCUUCUCCCCCAACAAUUACAACACAGCUACGUAAAUAUGUCUGAUGCUUACCCCGGCCUGCCUUUCCCUUUGCCAUUUCAACCUACAAAUGGUUAUGGACCUUUCGGUAGUUUCCCUCAGCCUCAGUGCAACAAUUACGCUGGAUAUCAACUUUCUAACCAUCCUUCUUCCAUUCCAUCAAGUUCCCAGCUCUCUUCUAUGCCUAUGCAGAGCAAUGUACCUCAUAGAUCUCCAUCCACGACGAUAAUUCCCCUUCCCAUAUAUGCAGACACGCCAGAGGCACCUUCUGCUCCUGAACCCUCUCCUUAUCACGGACUUUCAUUGAACAAAGCCAAGCGCAGGCGAUCACGUAAUUGGGAUACGUGGGAGGUUAUACUUUUAGUUCAAGCGAAAAAGUAUGAGUGGGAACGAUCGGAAUGCUCAUCUGGUAAAGACCGAGUUGAGACUUCAGGUGAAAGGUGGAAAAAAGUUGAAAAGUUUUUGAAAGAGAACAAGGUCGUGGAUAGAGAUGGUAUUGCCUGCAAGAAUAAGUGGGAAGCAAUACUUAGUGAUUACAAGUCCAUCAAAGACUGGAACCGGAAACCAGGGAACACCGUGUAUAGUUUACUUAGUCCCGCAGAGAAAAAAGCAGCCAACUUGCCCGCAGUGUUCGUUUCCAGCCUUCUUGAGCUUAUGGACACCUUCCAGGGAAAAGCGUGUCACAUUUCACCUCCUUCGGUGCUCGACCCCCUCGGCAAAACCAACCCUGCAGUAAGUGGAGGAGAUGCCAGUCGUGCUGAAGAACAUAGUGGAGAAGCACACCCUAGUGCUCAUGGAAACGGAACUCAUGGAUCCGCAGGUAGACGGAAGAAACCAAACGGAGGCUGGUCGCCGCUUGUAGCUGCCUUUGAUAGGUUGUCAGCAAAUAUGUUAAACAUUGAGAAAGGGAGGGAUGAAAGGUCGGAAAGAUUGUGGGCUCUCGAAAAUAGGAAAUAUGAUUUGGAGAAAAAUAAAUAUGAACUACAAGCAAGGAAGGUAGAUGCCGAAAGAGAGGACAGGAAAGGCUUGGUGCGGGUCCUUGGGAACCUGGCUGGAGCAUUCCACAGGAUGGCAGAUAAGAUGUAGUAUAAAUCCUACUGGUCCUAUACUUGUACAGCUGAAUUAUGUGUGUGCUCAUAGGAACUCAUAUCUUUGAUGAAUAUCCCAAUCUCAUGUCAAUAUUAAUUCUUUUUGAAGCAGAAAUUUGACUUCCGU